GGCCGCUUCUCGCUGGCCCGGAAGCAGAUCCCCUGCCGGACUCCCGGGGCGGGCAGGGAGCCGCCCGCCACGCCUGCCCCGCGCCUCGGCAGAGUAUUCCCGAGACCAUUUGUGACUGCUUUCAAGACAGUUCCACUUAAUGAGGUUAUGGGAGAGAAGGAGCCAUGUCAGAAGAAGGUGUUACUGAGGCACGAUUUUCUCUGAAGACGGUGGCUUUGCGAGUAUUUCAUCUACCCCUUUCGUGGUAUUAUUCUCUUAACCAGACAAAUCUUUCCCCUGGGCUAAAGAAACUUUUCACAGUAACAGCCGUGAGUGCAAUAUCUGUUAUUUUUCUGGCCCAUCAUUUUAAAAGAAGACGUGGAAAGAAAAGCAAGAAAGUGCCACCAUGGGAACCAAGUCAUCUAGUAUUAGAGUGUGCCAAAGCAGCUGCAUCAGAAAAAGAUUCUAGCUGUUCCAGUAGUCGACAAAACUUGACUCUUUCUCUGAGCUCUGCCAAGGAAAGAGGAUCUCAGUCUUGUAUCUAUGCAAAUGGCGGACUUUUCAGUAAAUACUCCGGUUCAGUUCAGAGUCUGGCCUCGGUUCAGAGUGCCACCUCUUGUCACAGUUGUGCUUGUGCCAAUUCUAAUUCCUGGGAUAAAGCAGAUGAAGAUGAUAUUAAGCUUGUCAAUAUUCCUGUAACCACACCUGAAAAUUUAUAUUUAAUGGGUAUGGAGCUUUUUGAAGAAGCGCUGCGGCGAUGGGAGCAGGCGCUAACUUUUCGUAACAGACAAGUUGAAGAUGAAGCAAGUUGUGGUUCCAUUAAGCUGGGAGCAGGAGAUGCAAUUGCAGAAGAAAGUGUGGAAGAUAUCAUUAGUGCUGAAUUCAUUCAUAAGCUUGAAUCCCUUCUUCAAAGAGCUUAUCGUCUUCAGGAGGAGUUUGAAGCCACCCUUGGGGCCUCUGAUCCUGCGUCUCUAGCUGAUAUGGAUAAAAAUACAGACAUUACUGUAAAGGACAAUCCGGAUGAUUUCUGCCUUCGGGAUACAUUAAGCAUUGCAUCAACAGACUCCUUUGUUUCCACAGCUGAGCUUACAGAGCACAGAGAGAUUCGGAGUACAUAUGGUCUAGAUUCCCUUUGCCAUUGUCCACUGUAUGAGGAAGCUAUGCACUUAGCAGAAGAAGGCAAAAUCUAUUCACGAGUGUUAAGGACUGAAAUGUUUGAAUGUUUAGGAGACAGUGACUUCCUUGCUAAGCUUCAUUGUAUUCGACAAGCUUUUCAGAUAAUUCUUUCAGAAACAGCAAACAGAGUAUUUCUUGCUGAAAGUGGAAGAAAAAUUCUAUCUGCAUUAAUUGUGAGGGCACGAAAGAAUCCAAAGAAAUUUGAAGAUGUCUUUGAUGAAAUGAUACAUUUUUUGGAACAAACAGAUCACUGGGAUAAUACUGAAAUGGAACUUGCUGCUAGAGGAGUGAAAAACCUGAAUUUUUAUGAUGUUGUUCUGGACUUCAUAUUAAUGGAUUCAUUUGAAGAUUUAGAAAAUCCACCAAUAUCUAUACAGAAUGUAGUAAAUAACCGCUGGCUAAAUUCCUCUUUUAAAGAAACAGCUGUGGCUUCAAGCUGUUGGUCAGUACUGAAGCAGAAAAGACAGCAAAUGAAGGUGCCUGAUGGAUUUUUUGCACAUUUCUAUGCUAUAUGUGAACAUAUCAGCCCUGUCUUGGCAUGGGGCUUCUUGGGCCCUAGAAAUUCCCUUUAUGACCUCUGCUGCUUCUUCAAGGAUCAAGUGCUUUUCUUCCUCAAAGACAUUUUUGAUUUUGAAAAGGUGAGAUACUCAACUAUGGAGAGUUUGGCUGAAGAUCUUUUGCAAUUAUUAAUCCGACACACUGAACUCUUAAUGGCCUAUCUCGGAGCAGAUUCACUAAGACAUGUCAGUGCUUGUGUAAGUGGUCAUGGGCAUGUCGUGGCCAGUGGACUCUUAGAAGCCAAAGUGCAGUGAGCUUAAAAUCCAAGACAAAUGAAAUGGAGUGCCCUUUGAGGUACUCCUUCCCACCUUUCUGUCUAACCCCGAAGCUACCGUUGCUGAUACUGAGCAAGCAUGUGAAAAUGCAUCGUGGCGCCAAGUGUGGAAAAGGACUCAGGGAGGUUAAAUGUACAUCUGUGAAAAGAACUGGUGAGCAUAUUAUUGUAUAUACCUAAAUUAAGUUUGCAGCUCAGCUGUCACUGUAUUUAUAUUUGAUGUAUUCCAAAGCUUUUUUCUGUAAUAUUUGGGUAAAGUUUAUUUAUGAAAUCCUGUACUUUUGCACAGAUAAUUUGUAAGUGAAGCUGAUGGAGUUGUUUUCUUCAAAUAGUACAAAAUGUUCAUUAGAAUCUCUAAAUCAUUAUGUGUCUAGAUCCUACAAGGUGUUUGACUGGGGUAUGUGCAGUCUCUGAUUCACAUGAGAUGUGCAAUAAAGUAAUCACACUCACAAAAUUGAACACGUUGACAUUGCCCUGAAAUUGUAUUUGUGUGGGUGUAAGCAAUCAGUUUGUAGUAUGGUGUAACAGAGUGAUGCAGGAAAUGCAGGCACCAUUUGGGCAGGAAUGAAUUCCAGUAUGCAUUUUUUACUUUAUUUUCUUUUAAAAUAUCUAAACGUCAUUAAGGUGUUUGAGAGCACUUUUAUAUUCAAAAAGCUAUGCUAACUUCAUCAAUUAAUUUUAAAUUUUUCUGUUUUCUAAAACUGUUACUACAUUACAUGGUGGUGGUAAACAAACUAAUACCAUUCUCUGUUCAUAUGUAGCAUUUCAAAAUAUAUUUUUAAAUCAGGAUGUACAAUGAGAUUAAUCAUGACACAGAAUCAAAAGCAGUGUUUAAUAAUUAAAAGCAUUUCUGUCUUCCUCCCUUCCUUGUAGGAAGUCAGAUGUCUAUUUCAGAGGAAAUUUAAGCAAUUGUGGCCAUCUAUGUGCAAUGAAAAACUGUGGCUCAGGAUAUGGAACCUUGAACUUUAGGUAGGAGCACAGUAUGAGGGAACUUGCAGUGACAUUUUUUCCCUGUGCUAGAGGUAAUAAAUAAUGGUGAUCUGUAAUCUUUGAGUUUCUGUGAACUUAAGUGAUGUUUUGUAGUUAGCUUGGGCUUUUAAACUACACUUGCAUAUGCUUUGCUACACAAAGCCAGCCGACAAGAAUCCAUCCUGUGUGAAGUAAUAGAGAGUAAGUAAUUACAGAGUAAUUAUAAAUAUUCAGAUACUUGAGAAGCAUGUUGUUAAAAUCUAGCAUAUUGAAACAAACGUUGAUUAUAAACAUUUCAACAUUUCUUUCAAAUAUAACCCAAACUAGUGAUAUUUGGAAAGGAGGGCCUGUGUAAUGUCAUAGAUUUUACUGAAGCCAUUUUGCUCCUUUGUUGUACUCAUUUGAUAAAUGUAAAAUGAUUAAAAUGUGUCAUAUGAUUUGUGUGAAAUGCCAACUGAUUAUAGUUUAUUUUUUAAAAAGUAUACUUCUAUGUGUAAUAAAACAAUAAUUCCAAA